AUGGCGCCGCGCGCGGCGGAUCCCUACUACGUCGUCCGCGACGAGCUCGAUCGUCGCGUCGAUGCGCUCCGACAACGGUGCGCGGAGACGAGCGGGGGCGGGAACGCGAGCGCGUUGACGGAAUUGAUGCGUCAAGACGCCGAGGGCGCGCUGUGGGAACUCGACGAGCUCGAUCGCGCGACGACGACGGCGAGCAAAGACUUGGCGCGGUACGGAUUGACGCGUGAGGAGCUGGAGGAGCGGUGGCGGUGGAGCGCGCGCGAGAGAGAACGGGUGCGGGAGGUGAUGUCGAUCGCGGCGCGUCGGGCGGGCGGGACGGGCGGGACGCGGACGGCGGACGACGCGGGAGACGCGACGCGGAGAGACGUUGAGAGCGGACGAACGGAGCGUGGAUUCGAUGAUCAUCAACAGUUGUUGGUGCGGAGGCAGGAUGAGGAUCUGGAUGACAUCUCGGCGAGCAUAUCUCGCAUCGGACAGGUCGGGUUGACGAUCGGCGAGGAGUUGGCGUCGCAGAGUAAGAUGUUGGAGGAGUUGGACGAAGACGUCGAUGGGGUUCAGGCUCGGUUGAAGGCGGCGGAGUUGAAGAUGCGAGAUGUUUUGAAGAAGGCUGGCUUGAGGGGGCAGCUGUGCGUCAUCGUUUUCCUCAGCGUCGUGUUGUUCGUUCUGUUUUACGUCGCAUUCGCCGGGAGCUGA